AUGGCGCCUCUGCUGCCAACCCUCGCAGCGAGCGCUCGCACGCUGUUCUCCCGCGCCAUACAUUCCUCGGUCGACCUCAGCCAACGCUCAGCAGAAGCCGAGUCGUCCAUCGGCCACCUGGGUCCGCUGGCAGCGCGCUCAAUCCUCCUCGCCCGCGACGGCGUGUCUGGCAGUCCCACGACGGAAUCGGACCCGUCACGUGGAGUCAUCGACCCUCACCAGAUCAAUAACAACGCCUUGUUCGCGCUCUUUGGCUUGAUCGGUGUCGUCUUCGUGGCCGUCGGCAUCUGGUUCUUCUUCUGGGCCAAGAACGGCGGCUUCUACUUCCAAGAGAACGAUUGGGAUGACUACAAGACGACGGUGCUUCGCCGCAGAGGUCCCAAUGGCACCCUCCUGUCCAACGCGACCAAGAGCACCGACCUCGGCGGCGGCAGCAUCUACAAGGACUACGAUGACGGCGCCACCGAGUACACUGGUGGUCUGACCACCACCCACCUGAGCGGCGACACAUCAAGCACCCUGUCGGGCAUCACGGCCGGCCCUUCGGACAUUGGCGCACGUGAGAAGAGAAAGGCCAAGAAGGAGAAGCGCGACCGCGAGCGUGAGAAGAAGAAGGACAGGAAGGCCCGCAAGGGCCACAAGGAUGAGCACGGUCAGCUGGUCGACGAGAUGGCCGAGCUUGAUGCCAAGGAUGCCAUGAGACAGUACCGCCACGAGCGCCCGGCCCGUGUUGGCGGCCUCAACAAGGAGUCUGAAGGGAGCACCUGGGAUGGGUCAACAAACCCGAGCGACUCGACCGCCGGCAGCGACCUGCUGAGCAACCGCCAGAGCACCCCGACCUCGACCCCGACCAAGGAGAAGAAGGGCGGCAUCCGCAAAGUGUACAGCGUGGCCGACCGCAACGCCGCCAAGGAACAGGAACGCAUCCGGGCCGAGGCCAAGCGCCUGCAGGAUAAGGGCCGCGCCGCCAGCCGCCGCGACUUCAGCUUCAGACAAGGAGACUCCAUCGUCGAAGAAGGCGUGGGCAGGAGUGAGGUGUCGGGUAGCAGCUACUGGACCGAGGGCAGCGGUAGCGAUCUGGGGACCAAGGCCUACCGCCACGUCAUCCCGGGCCUGUCCUCCACUGGGGAGGGUGGUACCGAUAUCGUCGACUAUGCAGAGGAGAGGAGAAAGAAGCGUGGUGCCGCCGGGUACCGGAGAGAACGUUAA